AUUGGCAAUCAAGGCAGCACCUGUUGCUUUGAAUCUACAGCGAGGACGCUGAAUAUCACAUACUAUUAAAUCGCAGGACAUCAGUUUUUUUCAAAAUCAAGUUCUUUGCUCUGAAGCAGAGGUGCAGUCGUGAUGUCCACGGGUUCGGUGAGUGAUCCUGAAGACCUCCAGGAGCUGUCAAUCACUCACAUGGACACUCGUUCUCUGGAAGACUCAGAAGAUGAGUUUAGUAUCGAUGAUAGUUUGAAAGCAAAGACCAAACAACCUCGAUCUGGUGCCAGCAACAACAAGCAACAAAUGAAGAUGGCAAAGGAUGGCAGACAGUCUCAGAGAAAUGCAGCAAAUGCCAGAGAGAGGGCACGCAUGAGAGUUCUGAGUAAAGCUUUCUCUCGGCUGAAGACCAGCCUGCCGUGGGUACCAGCAGACACCAAACUGUCAAAGCUGGACACGCUGCGUCUGGCAUCCAGCUAUAUAUCUCACCUCAGACAGCUCUUACAAGAGGACAGAUACCAGAACAGCUUUGUGCAUCCUGUAAACUUGACCUGGCCUUUUGUGGUCUCGGCACGAUCAGAGGACACCAAAGAAAUUUCAGCAGCGGUCAGACUAUGUGGAGCUACAGCAUAAACAUCUGGCACCUCUCUGUCUUUUAUCCCCCUCUAUCUCUCCCUCCUUACUGUCUGUACUCAUGCACUUCCUUUGAACUUACAUCAAUGGACAUUAUGCAAUGAACGCAACUGCAUGUGGGACAUACCUAUAGUUAAACAGCAAAGUCAUUGCACACAAAUCUGUUUUUAUAGCAUGAUUGUUAUGUUUAUCUAGCAAAUAUAAGCAGAUAUUACUAUGUGUUUGAUUAUUUUGCUGUCUGUGUGUUGCUUAAAUGUAACUUUUAAAGAAAAAACACAGAAAAUCACUUUUAUUGUUUUAAAGUGCUCGUAAUUUUUCUAACUACCCGUCAGACAUUUAAAAAUCUGAUUUUGUCAGGAUGUUUUCAACCUUUGGAAAUUGCUUCAGUUUGUUUAGAGUUUUAUUUUUCACUAAGUAGCAGGAUCACGUAUGUAAUUAAGGCUACAGGUGGAAUAGAACAGAAAAUAUUACACCAAGGUAUGUUUAAGUUUAUUUAUGAUUGUGAUAUUUGUGGUUUGUUCCAUCUUUCUUUUUUUAUUUGCUUUACAUCAUAACUAAAAUGAAUCGCUCAAUGAAUCAACAUCCUUGAUACAUAAUUUUUUUAAUGUAGGCUACCAGAUGAAGUCAUUCAUAUCACUGUAGACAUGCCUGUUGAUCAAGUGUAUCUAAUUUUUCAUUGGUAUAGUUACGCUGUGAUUCAGUUGGGAGAACUACACUAUAUUACACAUAAACUGUAAUGUGUCACUUAAUAGGAAUUCUUUGAGGAAUGUACUAGUUGGCUAAUUAAAUGCCAUAAAGUCUACAGUGUGUUAAUAUGUGUUUUAAUUCCUAUAGUGCCUUUGCUUAUAAAAUGCAGACUUUUU